AUGUCAGCCCAAGUAUGUACUGCCACCCUACCACCAAACCCGGGCGAGGCGCCAAAGCCAAAGUCAACACCACUUGCAUAUUCGAUGAACUCUGACCCAGACGAUUCCGGCUAUCCGAUGAUCAAUUUUUGCGGCGGCUUUUUUGCUCGCAGAAGUCUGGCAGACGCAAUCACAUACGGAAAGGCUCUAGUUAGCCCAAACAAUGCAAGACUUGCAAACUAUGAUAACAGGGCACAAACAUUUUUGCAUGAGUUAUACCAUUUAGAUCUGGCUGCUGACUCUCCGAACCCUAAUCCUCGUGUCGACGAUCUCACGAUUUCCUUCAAGGUCAACGAUAAUGAUGAAGAAACCAGGACGGUUAAGGCAUACGGUCCUUUGGCUACUAAAAUAUUAGCUCGUUACCAAGGUAAAGGAACAGUGGGCUCUACCGGAUACUUUGUUCAGCGAAACUCCGACAAUCUGGCAUAUUACGCAUUGGCUAAGUAUGUGAUGUCGAAAAAUGGCAACGUAUAUCCUCACCUACCAAUUGUUACAUACAAGCUCGUCGGGCCCCCAUAUCCGGGUUUACUCGCCACAUUCGUUACAGAAGGCAGCAACUUCUACUUGAAUACUACCGACGAUCUUACGCAAGUGUCGACUUGGAUAGAUGCCCUGGGCUCGACAGAUGGGGGUUCGAAUCCAGGUUCGGGAGGGGACGCCGGCCAGCAGAUUGCCAUUGCGUCGUAUAUCAACCCUCUCGGAGACCCGGCUUCGUGGGAACGACUCUUCUCAUAUGACACUAAGAAGGUCAGUGUAUUGGUUGCUAAUGUUUUGAACGGUCCAGAUUAUGUGGUCGAUACAGCCUGGAAAUCGGUGAUUGAUCGAGCUUCAAGUCAAGGCAAGAAGAUCCUUGGCUAUGUUCGGACUGGCUACCUUGGCGUAAGUCAACAGCAAUUUACCACUCGACUAGGCUCGAAAGACCUUGCAGAUUGGGCUUCGCAAAUUGAACAAGAUAUCGACAAGUGGUUUGAGCUCUAUGGCACUAGUCUCGGCGGUAUCUUUUUCGAUGAAGGCUGGCCAGAAUGCGGUCCCAAUAAUAUCUACGCUGAUCUGUACGCAUAUAUUAACAAGUAUACAAAGAACAAACACCCCGGCGCAUUCACAGUACUUAACCCGGGUUCGCCAAUAGCUCAAUGUUUUGAAAACACUAUGGAUACGCUGUUAACGUUCGAGAGCAGCUAUGAGACUUAUACAAGCUCAUAUGUACCUAAUGAUUGGACGCCAAAGGAUCCCCGAAAGAUAUGGCAUAUUAUCUACAGAGUCCCACAGAAUCAGAUUGCGACUGUUGCUGCUCUUGCCUCGAGCCGCCAUGCAGGGUUACUGGAAAUUACCGAUGAUGACCAACCCAACCCUUACGAUAAUCUACCCAGCGAGGCUUAUAUGCAAGCACUCAUCAGCGCCGUACCAGGUGGCACGCCUCCCAUCAAAAAUUCAGCUAAAGCUACUAGCUCCUAUGUUGCUGGUCUUCCAAGCGACGUCGUUGUCUCCUCUUCGGACUAUAGCUCCGUCACCCUCACCUGGUCAUCAGUCGCGAAUGCCCUUGGCUACGCGGUGUAUAAGGACGGUGCACUGGUACUGGAACUGCCAGCCUCAUUGACCCGAGCUACGGUCGGCAUGCUCGACCCCGGAUCCUCUGGUAUCUCCUUUGAGGUACGGACGGCCUUAGCUUCAGGCAGUGGCGGUGGCUCCUCCCGGACAAUCUCGGCGAACACGAAAAGCCUACCGGCCGACGGCCCAAUCGCCAAUGUUGGCUAUACACAGAAUGGCGACACCGUUGUCUACAAAGCCGACAUCCUGGUGCCUUACGCAUUUGUGCGGCUCUUCAUCGGCAUCAAACAACCCGAUGUUGGAUUCGGCCGCGGGUGGCCGAUUCAGGUGCCAGGCGUGGACCCUCAGGGUGUUGCGCACCACGAGAUCGUCAACUACAUGGUCGAAGGCAAUGACUUUUACUCCGGCUUCUACAAAUACAGGGGCGCUUGGUACGAGACCACCACGGCCAAUGCGGAUUGGACGUGGACCUCUAUCGGUGUCGCGCCUCAAUCCCAGAGUGGUUACACGUAUACGUGGAACGUCCCGUUCGCCGGCACCGACGCUGUAGCCAGCGAAUAUGUAAUACAAGGCCAAGGGUACGCCCCGAUUAAGAAUGUCUUUAUGGGAAGCCUUCGUGAGUAUCGUGUUGUCUGA